CUUGAAACAAUAACGCACACAUAGAGAGAGAGAGAUGGGAAUAUUCAAAACCUGUAGUUUCCGGCGAAGUGCAUCUCCGGCCGCCGCAGAUAAUCAACCUAACUCUAAAAACUCAUCGGCCUCUCUGUGUGGGGAGAAGAGGCUCUUGAAAGAAUCUAAAAUGAAAGAUCAAAUCCUCAUGAAGCUUGUCAACUCAAGAUUAGCUUCGCCUGAAAAUGUUUUCAGGUGGGAAGCAAACAUCAUCGGACCGGCGAAUUGUCCGUUUGAAAACGGUGACUUCGCCGUCUCUAUUCACAUCCCGACCAGUUAUCCAUUCAAGCCACCCAAAAUCACGUUCAUAACCAAGAUAUUUCAUCCUAAUGUCAAUAAAAAGGGAGAAAUUAGUAUCGAUAUAUUGGGAUCGCAAUGGUCACCAAGUUUGAGGAUCGAUUUGGUACUCUUAUCGAUAUGCUCCGUUCUAUCAAACCCGGUCGAACCAUUUGUUCCCGGCAAUCCUGCCGUGAUGUUGUACCAGCAAGACCGGAACGCUUACGAGAAAAUCGCGAGAAUGUGGACUUUGGAAUUUGCAAAUGCUUGACGAUUACUUUCAGAAAUUUUGUGUGUGUGCGGUUAACAAUAAGUUUGUCAAUAAUCUGCUUUUCUAUGUUACCUGUUUUGUCAACUUUAGCUGCUUAUAUGUCACUGGAAUUUAAAG